UGGAUGGUGGAGGUGGGUGGUGGUAAUUGCUGUUAUAAUGUAAAGCUAUUUACUUUAUCUUCCACCAGCACACACAAACAGGCCGUGUCUGUCCUGCUGCUUCUUCUGAUAGCAGGGUUUAGCAAAAGCUGCAGAUACCGGGCCUUAGCAUGCACAGAAUUUCUACUUAAAUAGCAGAUUAGUGGGGUGACCUUGAGAAACUUCUCAGCAGCCAGACUGUACUUAGUUUUAGUCUGAUUCACUGCAAUGGGAGCUGCCAGUGUUGAAGAAAGGUUCUGGCACUGCAGUUUUGCUGUGACUGCAGUACCAGGGCACCUGCUGACUCAUCAGAAUCCUUUAUUUAAGUAAUGACACUGGAAGUGCUCAGGCGUUUAAUGGUAAAAUACAGCCAAGUCUAUAAGUAUUUGGACAGGGACAGUUUUUUUGAUCAUUCCUUGAUGCAACAAACGAGGAACCUAUGAGCAAUAAAGCAGGUUUUAUGUACAGAAACAAGGAAGGUUACACGUGAGCUGUGACUAUUAAGAAAAGAAGAUUCACGUUAGAAUUCAAGUUCCUGAUUUACCAGAAUGAACAAGUCUGAGCCAGUUACGUUUUUCAUCAUUGAGGGUCUGAAAGAUAAAUACCUGAUUCUGUUUGCUAUUUUCUUAGCUAUAUAUGUUCUUAUUUUAGGGGGAAACUGUAUGAUAAUAUAUCUGGUCAGAACAGACCCUAAACUAAAUUCUCCCAUGUACUUUUUCCUCCAUAAUCUUUCCUUCUGUGAUAUUGUCUACACAUCUUCAACCAUUCCCAACAUGCUUUCAGGAUUUCUAGUGGAGGUGAAGACUAUUUCUAAGGCAGGCUGCUUUGCACAAAUGUAUGUUUUCCUUUCUCUGGCUGUGACAGGACGUGGUUUGUUAACAGUGAUGGCUUUUGACCGAUAUUUAGCCAUCUGUAACCCGUUACGCUAUUCAUCAAUCAUGACUAAAAAAGUUUGUUAUUUGCUAAUAGUUUCAGCAUGGGUCUUUGGGUUGUUUAUUCCUUUCACGUCGCUAAUUAUAGCAUUGCCUCUACCCUUCUGUGGACCAAACGUGAUUAAGCAUAUCUUCUGUGAUCAUACCUCACUCGUGCGCCUGGCCUGCACUGACACUUCAAGGAACAAUGUAAUUUCACUGACCUUUGCUUUAUUUGCUAUUAUUUCCACUUUCCUGCUGAUUCUCACGUCAUACAUUUUAAUUGGAAAAAACAUCCACAAAAUGGGCCCAGCUGAACAAUUUAAAGCUGCUGCUACUUGUGUGUCUCACCUGAUAGUGGUGUGUAUCUCGUAUGUAUCUGCUGCAUGUGUGUACAUCUCCUACAGAGUGGCCACCUUUGACCCAGAUGUGCGUUUGAUUAUUGCUGUGCUUUACUCUGUCCUGACGCCCCUGCUGAACCCCUUCAUUUACAGCUUGAGGAAUAAAGAGCUGCAGGAUGCGAUGAAGAGAGCCUUCUGCAGAUGCUCUACAGCCUCAAAGAUGGUCAGGAAAACAGUGCCAUCUGUAGUAUCAUAAACUGAUGCCUGUAAAUAAAUGUACUGACUGAGAUGACUAUCUAAAACCAGCUCUAAUAAGUCCACUUGUGAAGUGAUUGUUGAAAAAAAUCACCAUCACAUAUUGUAAAUGUAAAAAUCUGUUAUGACAUUUGAUGUGAAUUUUUCACUUGAAAAAAAAUAAUACAUGGCUUACUGUACAACUUGUAUCAGUAUGUUCCAAGUAAUAAGCCCCAGUUCCACUGAUAUGCAUCCCUUGGAUAGUAAUGGAAGAAUAUUUUAAAGCAUGUUUUUUUGUCCAAGACAUUAAAACUGUCAUUUAAAUACCAUUCAUUUGAGACUGAUUGAAAGCAUCCAAUGAAGGUUCUGCUCCUUGGUUUAAACCAGGCAAUUUAUUGUUUUUUUUUUUCUUUUAAUUUAUUUUUACUGACAUGUAUAAAUGUGUUUAUACAUUCA